UUUCACGGCUGAGCACGUUAACAGAAACUUAACGUUCAAAACAUGAAUAGCUAUUUUAAGACUUAGUGUAUAAUCCAUUCCAGUUUUAUUUAGCGUUUAGUAAACAACAAAUUGUGUAAUUCGCAAGGUAUAAUGGCUAAGAGUACAUAUAAUAUCGAAAUACCGGAAGAAUCUACUGAAAUAUUUAUUCCUUUGAGUAUAUUAAGUGAUGAAGAUUUCAAGAAUUAUUGUCUAAGUUUCUUCAAUUGUUGCGAUACGGAUAAAGAUGGUUACGUGAGUGUAAGCGAAUUAAAAAAAUUCCUUGAAACUCAAGAAGAAGUGGUCAUUUCUGAAGACGUUCUAGACAUACUUUAUGAAAAAUUCGAUAGAAACAAAGAUAGGCAAUUGGAUUUCGAAGAAUUUCUCGAUAUGAUCAACAACAACACGUUCAAAGAAACUUUUUACUCAGUAGCUAAUAGAUUUUUUAAGUUCGUGGUGGUUCCAAAAGGAUGUAGAAAUCGUAUGCGAAUUCAAAGGACUAUUACAAUGACGGGGGAGUACGAAAAUAAUCUUAAAUUUGGUACAAACUUAAUGGGGAUGGCUAUUAUUUCAUUGCUACAGUUAAUUUUCUUUUACGCGAACGCAGCUUAUAAAAAAACGCCAAAAGAUUGGGGUCCUGUGGCGGAGGCCUUAUGUUUCGAUCCAUGUAAAAAAAGAGAAGUCUAUAGAUAUUUUACUUAUGCUCUGCUACAUGCUGAUCUCACACAUCUGCUCGGCAACGUUAUAAUUCAAAUUUCCGUUGGAAUAGUUUUGGAGAUGAUGCACAGCUGGAGAGUCGCCGUAAUAUAUAUAGCCGGAGCUAUUGGAGGAUCUAUGACCCAUUCAGUAUUGGAUAGGAAAGCACUCCUUGUUGGUGGAAGUGGAGGCGUUUUUUCUUUUUUUAGUGCCCACAUUGCUGAAGUUAUAAUGAACUGGAGAGAAAUGAGCCAUCCCUCAGUUAGAUUGUUACUUUUUGGCAUCGUUGUGGUUGUAGAAGUUGUAAUUAACGUAAUUACAAAUCCAACUGAUUCGACAAGUCAUGUGUGUCAUGCGGGAGGAGCAAUAGUGGGAUUAUUACUAGGAGUAAACAUUCUCAGGAAUCUCCAAAUUACAGAAAAAGAAAAUAUCAUUUGGUAUAUUUGUUUGUUAAUACAAAUAGUUCUCGCGAUGAUUUUUAUCAUUCUAGAUUUUAAACUUCCUAUUGAAAUUGAUUGUUUCAAUUUUAAUUCGACGAUAUCAUCGCAACAAGUUUUUAAUCGUACAUUAAUCGAGCCAGAGUAUAAUUGAUUUCGAUAUCACCGAUCAUAAUUCGCAAAUAACUCUGUAUACGUAGUCAGGGAGUAGUAAUAAGACAUUUUCAAUUGAACUGUGAUAUUAAAUUAAUAUUUAUUUGCAAUUAUAGUAUAAGUAAAUUACUUUUUUUAUUCAGUUUGUUUUAUUUAUAAUUUUUAUUCGUAUGUCAAAUGUCACUUUAUUCAUGACAACAAAGAGGCUGAUUCGUUCAUUGGUGUAGUCAAAAAACAGGAUCCGUGGAGAUAGAUGGAAUCAACUGGUAUUAGAUAAUCUAUGGUAACACAAAUUAGCCUUCUGAAUAUGAAAUUUGUAUAAUUUAUUUAUAAUAUUUAAGUACAAAUAAUGUAUAUAGGAAUUUACAAAAAUAAAAAUUUUAUAUUUC